AUGGUGUAUCGUGGAAAGCCAAGCAAUGCCUGCGAGCGCUGUCGGACUCGUCGCUUGAAGUGCGAUCAAGGGUCCCCAGCAUGCACGCAGUGUAUGCGAGCUAGGGUGGAUUGCCCUGGUUAUCGCGAUCUACUUGAUUUAGGCUUCCGCGAUCAAAGCCAAGAAGUGAUCCGUAAGUCGCAGCGCAUCACACGCAAGCAACAGCGCACAGUGCCCAUUGUGGCCCGCGCAGCCGAGGACACGACCGAGGACACGACCGAGGACACGGCCGAGGACAUGAUCGAAGACCCGGUGGCCUGCACUGCUGCAUCCCCCUUCGAGACAGGCGGUCUUUCUCCCCGACGCGGCCCUGCUUAUCCCGUGCAGGAACUAGCGAAGGGUUAUUUGUUCUCACAUUACAUGUCCGGAGGUCCUCGUGGCGGCCACAUGUCAUAUUUGAUUCCGUUGAUCAAUGACCCACGAAAUUCGGCAGUCAAUGCGGCCCUCAAUGCGGUUGGCUUGGCAGCCUUAUCCAACAUUCGUCUAGCUCCACAGAUGAUGUUGAAGGCACGGCGCGAAUACACCAUAGCACUAUCGCAGACCAAUCAUGCCUUGAAAGAUUCUAUCAUGUCUAAGCGAGAUGACAUCCUAGCGGCAGUGGUUUUACUAGGCAUGUUUGAAGUGAUGACCUGCACGGAUGACUCAUUUAUCGACCGUUGGAUGAAGCACAUGGAGGGGGCCGCAAAGCUUAUCGAGUUCCGGGGUCCGGAACAAUUGACUCGACAAGAGGGGUUGGAUAUGUUCACCCAAUUACGGGCGCAGAUUGUAAGUCGUGAUCGGAAGCUAACUACUAGACCCUGGGAGAAUAUUGUACUAAAAUUGGCUCAGAGUGUCAGCAAAAUAUACCGAGAACAGUACAGCUCACCAAUGCUAGCUCAGUUGACGGAGAGUGCUAAGCUUCAUCGGAACCCCGAGGACCAAAUUCAGGAUAACUUAGGUCUUUUGGUUAUCAGGCUCAGCAAUUUCUGCGCAUCAUUGAAAAACAAGACCAUCACGGAGCCAAGCGAAAUCCUCCGUACUGCCUUGACGAUUGAUGCAGAACUCAUGGCAUUGUUUAUCAGCGUGCCCCAGUCGUGGAACUACCAAACCGUCAAGGUCCCAAUUCUUGAUGGAGAGCACAUUACUCAAGCUGUUUGGGGAGACAACUAUCACGUAUACAGCAAUCUGGCUGCGAGCAGCAUGUGGAACAAUUACCGUUCUGCCCGAAUCCUCGUCCACGAACUAAUCAUUGACACCGUGAAGGACAUGAACGCUUUGGGGUAUGAUGACAAUGGUCAUCAACAACGGUCCAGCUUGGCCAACCAGAGUCGUCAGAUCGCGCAACAACUCGUGGAAGACAUUUGUGCCAGCGUUCCGUUCCAUUUCGGUGCAGAUAUAGAAGACGACCAAAUGUUUGAGAGCUCCAGCCCAGCAGUCGGGGACAUCUCAGAUCUCACCAGUUGGGAUUUCUUAACUGGCUCAUUUCCGAUUGCCCCGUCACCAUGGUCACCGAUGGCCCAACAUAAUUCAGGGCCGUCAUCAUCUAGCGCUGAUUCAAUAUACCACUCCUUUACGGCUCCAUUUACAGACCCUACAGCUAGCUCAGGCUCAGGGGCCAUGUGGGAGUCACCUUCCAGUCCGUUUGAGGUAACGGGAGCAGGGGGCGUUACACUGGUCUGGCCGUUAUUGAUUGCCGCCAAUUCGGGGUUGGCAUCCGAUGAUCUUCGUAAAUGGAUCACAGGUUGUUUUGAUAAGAUUGGGCACUCCAUGGGCAUCAACCAAGCGCUGGCUAUGGCCCAAUUGCUGCGGAAAGGUAUGCAUUCUCGGGCUUGGCUGACACCGGAGAAUGGUUCCCCGAGCUUCAAUACUUAG